AUGAGGGCGCAACUGCUGCAUGUUCCUGCAGGAGACGCCUCCGUGGCUCUGUUGCUGCCGGCCUUUGUCUCGACGGUGUAUGGUGGAUUUCUCUUUGCUGCUGUGCUGCAGCAAGCGGAAACUUCCCCCUCAAUCGCUCCGCACCCUGUCUGGGGGCCUGCCGUUGUGGCCAUAGGGAGCGCUUUGUGUUUCAGCUUGCUGCUGGCCCUUGCAGGCCCAUAUGCCGCCAGCGACUCAAUCCCUGCAACGGACUUGUGGCUUCUCCUGGGGCUGCUCCUGCCAGCUCUUGCUGCUGCUCUUACAGUCGGUCCUCCGUCACUGGGUCUCACUCCCGCAAAGCUCUACGGCGCCCCGUAUUUGUCUGCCACCGUUGGGCUCUACUGCUUCGCCGGCCUUUCGCCUUCGCUGCUGCUGCUGCUCGCAGCAGCAGCAGCGGCCACAUGCGCUGCGCAGGCGGCGCGGUGGGGCGCCGGAGCUGAUGAUCAAGUCCUUAGUACCUUGCAUGCAGCAGCAGCAAACUUUCUGGGGUGGUGCCUUUGCACGCGAAUAUGGCAAGAGGCUGUGGCAUUGCUUGUGGCUGAGCUGGUGCCGUAUCAGUCCGCAUUUGCAGUGCUUCCAGGCCUAGAGGCGUACGAGCUCAGAGUCCUUAAGGCACAGCGCAUUCAUGCAACGGCUGCUCCUGCUGCUGCUCCUGCUGCUGCUUUUGACCCUGCUCUUGCACCUCCUGGUAACGCCUCUGCUGCAACGGCGGUAGAAAAACUCACAGCUGCUGUAGAAACAUCUUCAGCAGCAUAUGGCGCAACAGAAGCUGCAGCUGGCGACGAUGUUGCUGCGGCAGACUCAGGCAGAAGAGGCCUGCGGAGCUCCGGCAGUGCAGGCAUGCUGUUAGACGUAAGGCGGCAGCAGCAGAAGCGGCAGCAACAGCUUGGGCAGCAGCAGCGGACAGUGUAUUCUUCAGCCCAUGGGCUCCCUAGGAACCUCAGGGCUCCUCUACCUCCGCUGCUGCAGCAGCAGCAACACCAACAGCAGGCGAGGCGACGCGUAGCAGGAGCAGCUGACAGCUCUCUCCCCCGCAGCUGCUCUUCGAUUCAAGCAGGAACAGCACCAGUGACUCAGCAGCGUCAGCAGCUGCAGCAAGCUCUUCAGCUGCAGCAGCAAAAACGCCCGCACCAGGUCUUCGACCAGGAACCACAGCACCAGCAGGAGGAGGAGCAGCAGCUACAGAAGCUGCAUAAGCAGAAACAGGCACACUUUACAGACCCCACUCCAUACACCUCCGCCAAAGCCCCCGUUGGAGGUGCUAGAGCUGCGGCAGCAGGAGCAGCAGAUGCAGCGGCUGCUGCGACAGCAGCACUGGCUGCUCCGCAUGCAAGAGCUACUGCCGCAAUACUCUUCGAGUCUCCCCUUCAUAGUUGUCAGCCGCCCCAACGGCACCAUCAACUGCAGCACCAGCAAGAUGCCCAACCUCAUCCGCAACUUGAACGCCACCAGCACCUCGAGCAGCAGCAACAACAGGAUCACGAGAAGCAGCAGCAGAAACUUCGGCAUCACAUCCAGCAGCAUAAGCCGAAGCAAAACCCACCGGCGCUGCAGGACGCCAGAAGCACCCAGGCACGUUUUCGCAACAGGCGGCAACACACGACGCCCUCUACGAUGCAGCGGAGUUCUGCUGAAGCAGUAGCAGCAGCAGCACGAACAGGAACGGUAACGAAUUGGCAGGGCAGAGAAACAGGUAAGGGCCCCCAGGGGCACAUGCCGACGCCGCGACGGCAGUCCCUACCAAGGCUGAGUCCCUCUCCACCUGCCAUUGUACGUCAGCAGCAGCAGCAGCAGCAGCAGCAUCAGCAACCGCAGCAGCGGCACAGGCAGCGGCACUCCAUUGCCUGGAUUCCCCCUCACCCUUUAGACGCAACAACGAUUGGUGGGCCUUUAGCAGUAGGAGCUGCAACAACGGGCGCAGCAGCCACAGCAGCGGCUGCUGCUGCAGCAGCCGCAGCUUCAGCAGCAGCUGGCGUUGCUGCUGAGACCGCCCAGCUGUGGCGCUUUGGAGGCCUGGAAUUGCCUCCUGCAGACAUAAGCGGCUCUGCGGCUACCUCUGCGGCACCAGCAGCAGCAGCAAGUGCAAAGCCCCGUCGCGGGAGCGCCCCUCAAGGAGGGAGCAGCAGCAGGAGUAGCAGCGGGGUGCAACUAGCAGACUGCGCUGGUCGUGAGCUUCUCUACAAACCGACGUGGGGUCCCCAGAUGGAGCGUGCAACGGCGGGGGGCCGUGCAGCUCCGUCUUCAGUAGCGGCAGGCACAGCAACCCAUCAAGCUGGAGGCGCAGCAGCAACCCCGUGUGCAGUUGCUUCUGCGGCAGCAGGUGCUGCUGCAGUGGCCAAGACGGGGAGCCCUGCUGCUGUCCUUAAGAAAGCAGCGAAGCGGCUGGUUGUCCUUCGCAGCACCAGAGCAGUGACGCUGAAGAAGAGGUGGUCAGGAAAACGAUCUCUGCAGCAGCAGCAGCACCUGCCGCAAUUGCUGCAAAUGCAGCGGAAGCAAGCCCCCGCAGCGAGAGACAAGGGGCCCUUCCCGGCGCAGCAUUUAAGAGGAGCCAGCAGCAGCUGCAGCAGCCUGUGCCGCAGCAACAGCCAGAUCUCAGCGUCCUUGCAUGCAGCAGUAGCAGGAGGGGCAACCCUGGCGGCUCCUCACCUCUCUACUGGUGCACUGGGGCUAGGCAGCAGCAGCAGGAGAGGUAGCUGCUGUAGUAGCACUUACAUGUCCAGCUCGAGCGCUGCUGGCCUCGCAACAGGUGAUUUGCUAGUUUCUUCCGUUUCUCCUCCCUCAGCGUGUGCUUCUCCGGGAGAGACGGCUAAUCCUGUUUCUGGCGGCGCCGCUGCUGCUGCUGCUGCUGCUGCCCCGGCAGCUCCCCCAAGCAACAGCAGCUGGACUACAGAGCUGCGCCUGCAGCAGCAGAGGCUGCAGUGGCUGCGGCAGCGGCUUGCUGAGGAUCAGAUAGACAGUCUUUUUGUAGAGUCUCUCGACGUUUGCUGGGACUGCUGCUGGCGCCUUUCCUACAGUGCAUCGAUGGCCACCCAACACGAAGCCCCGUCUGAACCUGCUAUUUCUGCUGCUGCAGUUCCUGCAGUUGCUGCAGCAGCCACCGGCACCGCUGCGGCUGCUAAGGAUUCGGCUUUAACUGCGCCUGCAGGCGAGGACUACAAACGGCGACAACAGCAGGUGGAUCGCAGCCAUAUGGCGCCUAAUGCACUGCGGCGGCAGCAGCAGCAGCUUCAGCAGCUCGAUCGGCUGCAGCGGCAGGAGGAACAGGAGCAGCUGCACUUGCUGCAGCAAGAGGGGGAGAUGCAACCGCGUACGAGACGAGAUGAUGUGUCUGCGGGCCUUUCGGCAGUGAGGGCUAUCGGCUCCCUGGAGGCUGCAGCGCGUCUGCAGCAGUGGCGGAAGCAGCAAACCACAGGAGGGUCUGCUUUGCCUCAGCAUCUGCUGCAGCAAAUAAUCUGCAAUGCGGCAUCAGACGCAGCGGCAUCGGCAGUUGCUUCUGCGAGACCAGCGGCAGCAGAGGCCACAAGAGGUUGGCGAGCAACGCCAAAGAAAGGCAGCUUGAAAACUGUUCGUGUGGACUCGCGUGUAGCCUUCGUUCAACCGCAGCAGCAGCUGCAGAAGCUGCAGCUGCUACAGCAUUGGCAGCAGGGAGCAGGGGAUAGGCAACGCUUCUACGGGAAUAUUUGGCAGGGGCCCCUGCGGUGUAUGUACGGAAAGAGGCAGGUGAGGACCCCGACGAAAGAAGAGAGGCAGCAGGAAGCUGUUGCCUUCGUCCUGACAAAGGAAAUCCUUAGGAGGGAGCAGCAAGGGUUGCAGACGGGCCCCUUCGCGUCUGCAGCAGCCACUGCUGCUCCUGUUGCAUCGCAGAUGCAACAGCAGCAAGCCGCCAAACCUUUCGAGGGGCUCCCGCAUCCGUGGGAGCCGCUGCAGCAGCAAAGGGUAUACCCACGCUCCACACAACGAGCCCUGAGGAGCAGCGGAAUAAACCGCGGUAGCUGCUGCAGCAGCAGCGACAGCAGCAGUUGCAACUCACCCAGCAGCCAACAGGCAGCCAUUUGGAUUGGAUCCCGCACUCCGGCAACUCUUGUUUCCGGAGCAGCAACUACUAUGGCGACACCUGCAGCAGAAACAGCAGUAACAGUCCCAACACCAACAGCAGUAGCAACACUAACAGGAAGGCAGAGCGAGUCAGCCACUCAAGUGAAAGGGCAGCUAAACACCACCAGCUCGUCUUUUGAUGAGGCUGCCCAGACAAGAGGAGCAGAUGCUGCAGCGGCAGCAGCUGCAGUAGGGGCCAACGAAGCAGCAGCAGCAGCAUCAGAGAAGCAUUGUGCCCACAAGAGAGACUCAGUAACGCGCCGCAGCACUCCCCCGCCCAUGCCGCUGCAGCGCCUGACCCUGGGCUUUGCGGAUGCUGCAAUUGAGAAUUUGCUGCUGCCUGCUGCUGCCAUUUGGUGGGCUCUGGAUGGGGUGCUUGCUCGCAACCAGCUGCAGCAGCAGCAGUAUGUUUCCAGUGGCUUUAAAUUCUACGGUGCUUUCAGAUUGAUAUUGCAGAUGAGUGCAGAGGCCGCUCUGUUCCUGCUUCUUCCUUGCAGCAGCAGCCGCAGCAAAAGCAGCAAGAGCAACAAAAAGAACAGCAGAAGCAGCAUCACCGGCAGCAGCAGCGGCGGACAGGCCAGUGCACCUAUGCGGCGCUUUUUGUCGUAUUUAUUCCACCUGAGGCUCUGCCUCUCCCUGUUGGACGUACCCUUUCAGCUGCAGCUCUUGUCGCUCCACGAGCAGGCAGUCGAGGACUUGGUGGUUUAUGGCCCUUUGCUGCUGCAGCUUGCAGCAGCAGCUCUGCAGCAGCAGCAGCAGCAGCGCCACGCCGGACUUCUCUUUGCUGUGUACUCUGCUGGCUACUGCUGCGUCGUCGUGGUUUGUCUGAUCCUCAUAGAAAGUGAAGUUGUACAGGGACCUCCUGCUGUCUCUCUCGUGCUGCUGCUUCUACGCAGCGGAGCAGCAUUUUCUGCUCUGUGGUCGGUACUGCACUAUCUUGUGUUGCGUACGGAGGAGAAGUGCAGCAGGUGCGUCUUUUCAACGACCGUACUGCCUUACUUGCUGCGUCUGGAAGCAGCAAACUGCUGCGGCUGUUGCGCGUACACUGCAUCGAGAGCAUUAGUUCAACCAGAAACCCAAUCAGGUGAGGCAGCUCCAGAAGCAGCAGCAACCGGCGCAGCAGCGCCUGAGAUGAAGGCGGCAGAAAACGAGUCUCUGCCCGCUGUUCUGAAGACAGAACGGCAGCAACUUCCUGCAGAACAGCAGCAUAAACACCCGCAGCAGCAGCAGCAGCAAGACAAACUCCGUGGAUUUGCAGCAGCAGAGACAUGCAGCGGCACAGAAGUGCCCCAAGAGAGCAAACAAGAACGCAGCAAGAAGGUCAGAACGCAGCUGCGCAGCGCCGCUGCAGAUUCCCCCCAUGCAGCUUCCAGCAGCAGCAGUAGCACCAAAAGCAGAGCAACGGCGGCGCCGGCAGCACGCCAUAGCAGCUUCUUCCAUAAGAUUAGAGAAGGCCUCCUCAAUACCAUCAGAAGGCUCCGCCAACUCCGCCAGCGUCUCCAACCCGAUAGAGACGGCAGUAGGCCGCAAGAGCCAGAGCAACACCAGCAACUGCAACAGCAGCAGCAGCAGCAGCACGGGUGGAAGCAGGGGCCAAGCACUCAACUGCGGCGCUGCCGUUCGGCAGGCUUCUGCAUGAGAGAGGAAGAGGCAGCAAACUCUGCAGCAGACGCUGCUGCUGUCACAGCAUGGUCCGACCUGGAGCCCUCGCUCACCUACAGAGAGCUUCUAGCAAGCCUCCCAUCCCUUCGUGGAAGACAGAGCCGUCGCCGCCGUCGCCACAGCAGCAGCAGCAGAGGCAGCAGCAGCAGCUGCACCAUCCGGGAGACUAUCCGCCUUGCAGAAGGUACAGGGCUUCAACAGAAGGCUGCGGAGACGCCCGCGCCGUCCAGCAAACCGCUCAAAAAGGUCCCCACUGUGCUGCGCAGCUUCAUCCGAAGGUGCUCCCCACGGGCAGCAGCAGCAGCAGGAGCAUCAACGACACUUGCUGCUACUGCCCCUGCUGCUGUUGCUGUCGCUUCUGCAAUUGCACUGCCCGUAACUCCACGGAACUCGAAACAGAGUAGCAUCAGUAACAGCAGCAACAGCAGCGCCAGCAGACCUGGGGUCCAGGCAGACAGUGUUAGCACUUGGAAAUGGAGGAUAAGGAGCGAAAGCGGUGGUUCUCUGCAGCAACAGCUGCGUCUCAUCAGCAGCAGUAGCAGCAACAGCAGACGAGAUGUAUGGACACUUGCGCAACUUCCGAAUGACCCAGGUCAAGACCGCGGGGCUCUACGCGCUGUUAACCACCCCGGUAUCGCUUUCCUGAUGCUUUGGUUGCAAACUGUGCGUGAGACCACCGCAUUCGCGGAGCAGCAGCAGCAUCAGCGGCAACAAAGCAAGAAGAUGAUGCUUAAGCGCUUGAAUACGAGGCUUGUGACCCUCCGCAAGAGCCCCAGGAGCCAACAAAAAGCCCCUAGUACUUCAUUUACCUCACCAACAGCAGCCGCAGGAACUGCUGCUACUGUGUCUCCACGUGAUGGGCAGCCCUGGACUCCGCUGCAAUACCUGGGGUUCCUUAUCAGCAGCAACAGUGCCAGCAUCAGCAGCAGUAAUAACCUCCCACAGUGGCUAAGGAAAAACACCAUCAAAGAAAGUCUCCUCAGCAAGGUUCCUCGAGAGGCGGGGGAGGUUCAGAGCCGCCUGCUGCCGUCGGCGUGGCAGAAGCGCAGCAGCAGCAGCAGCAGUGGCAGCGGUAGCAGACUGUGGGGCGACACAGGAGCCGCGCCGCGCAUACACCUGGUCCGCUCAGCAUCCAAGCAAACAACGCAUGCGUCUUACCGCCUCCCCCUCUUUUCUACUCGUGCUGCUGCUGCUGCUGCUGCAGGGCAAAGCCCUGUUGAUGCUGUCUCUCUAGGCACUGGAAGAUUUAUGAGGGGCGACGAGCUCAGCCCACAAGGGGACAGCAGCAGGGCAGCAGCGGCAACACCAGGAACUGCGCUCUGCAGGUGUACCGACACUGCGCGCUCCGGUUGGCGCAGCAAGCGGCAGCAAGUAACAACACUGCAGCAGCAGCUGCAGCUGCAGCCGUCCCGCAGUCAACACAUUCUGUCUCAAGACCAGAGAGCUACAGCAGAGGUGGGUUACGGAUUAGCUGCAGCUGCUUCAUCCGCGAGAGGCGCAACACCAUCAGCAGCAGCAGGAGGACGCACCGAGGGGAAGCCUGCUACUCCAACUGCAGCAGCAACAGACGUAUGGAUAUCUGUACCGUGUCUUCACCCCAGCUGGCCUUGCAUUGAGCUCCGACACGGGCAGCAGCAGCAGCCGCAGCAGCAGCUGUGGCGGGCCCUUACCAGUUCUGCUGCUGUAGAUGUGUCUCCUCAGCUCCACAGAGUCUUUAGCAUGAGGCGUCCCGAGAACUUCAGCGGCAGUUGCAGCGGCAGUAGUAGCAGCAUCUGGGCAUCGAACACGAGAGAGACGAUCGGGCUAAGAGAAACAGCUUCAGAUGCCCUUGGGCUGGUGCAGCCCCCCCGCGCUUCUCGCCGUCCCUCGCUACUGCAGCCAGGCUGCUUGCAGCGCUCCGCUGCUGCUGCCUCUCCAACUGCUGCAGCUUCUGCUGCUUCGUCUGCUGCUGCUUCUCCUGCUGCUGGCGUAGCCGUCGGCAUUAGUUAUAAUGCAUCUGGCACUGUGAGUUGGGAGGCCCAGCGAGGGAGCAGCACAAGCAGCAGCCAGCAGCAGAGUCAGGAGCCAGCAACAGCAGCGCGCGCAGCAGCUCGCGCUGCUGCUGCUGCGUUGCACCGGGGCGGAAGUGCCCGUGUGCGAGCUGCCAAAGAAGGUGCUGCUGUUGUGGCGCAGCGAGCUGCAGCAGCAGCUUUAAUUGCUGCAGCAGAGGAGGUAGGAGACGGCCUCCCAGACGCGCGGCAAGAAGGGAGGGUCUUCUACCCUGACCAAUGCAUUCGAGACAGGCUCCAGAAGCUAAUUUGGGGGCUCAAUGUCUAA